CAGGGCUCCGGGGAGGCCUGGGUUUUUCCUUCCCAGGCGCUGGAGCCGGAGCCUGGUUCAUCUUCAGUAGAGACCGACCUUUCCCGCUCUGAGGGCUGCUGGAAACAAACAGAUUUCCUCCUCCCUUUUCACCUCUUCCCCAGUCUGAUGGAUCAGAUGGUCACAACGCAUCUCUCCCGGGGACGGGAGCUCUGAAGGGACGCCCUUUUUAGACUUGCCGUGCGCUACACUUUUUUGAGCGGGAGACUCUAGUUUGAGUAGUCUAGGGACGGUUUCGAAAGUAUCGGCUUGCGGUGCUGAAAGCCUUUACCGUUCCCUCUACAAGGGUAAAUUAAAGUCUUAGCCUGCUAUCUUUAAGACUGCGUACAGAGUUUCCAUGCUGGGGUUUCCGUUCUCUAACUUGCCAAAAAAUUGUUUUGUCGUUGUAGAAUUUGUUAGAGAAUAGUGGCCACCGUGACUAGUCAACUAGUUGAUGUAGACGGAGACCUACAGUUAGGAAAUUGCUAACUUACUACCCACCCGGGUAUGGUCUGUUACUUGUAUUCCUAAUCUACUUUGGUAGAGCAGGGCCUGCAGGGGCUACAAGUUUCAGGGAAAGCAUGAGGAGUCAGCCCUGGAGAAGAUAUUCAACAGGGAAAACUGAGAACCGGGAAUUGUUAGGUAGGACUUCAAAGACAUGGAUAUAAAAAAAUAAAAGGAGUGGGGGAAACAUUUUAGGGUACUAAACCUUGGCUGUUAGAAGAACUCUUGGCUUUUUUUUUUGUUUAAGAUCUACUUUGCAACAGGUCUGAUAUGGCUAGAGUUUACUCCCCCAUGUAAUACUAGCAACUGACACUUGAGAAGUUAUGAAAGAUAGCUAAGUUGAACAUUUGAGAAAAAUUGGAAGCUACAGUGUACUCAAACUGUUGGCUGGGUUUAAAAUUUUAACACGUAAUUUCAAAUUGAUUGUUAGGAAAGAUCACCUUCUUACUAAGGAAAAUGUCUUCCAUCAGGUGUUUAUUAUGAAUGCUGAUUUCUUUUAGAGUAGAAGGUUUAGGAAGUUACUCAUUUUGUACAAUAGAGCUUUCAGUUCUUAAACAUACUAGAUAAAGUGGGCGGGGGGUUCUUGUGAUACAUAUCAUAUGUCUGAACAAUCAAGUUCAAACUCCCAGUUUUUCUUCAGAGCCCAGUUAAGUUGACAGAGUAAAUUUUGUGGGGAAAGCAUGGGUUUUGAAAGCAAACAGGCCUGGGUCAAAUCAUAGCUUCACCACUUAACUACCUAUGGGCAAGUUACUUCUCUGAUUCUGAGUUUCCUCAUCCACCAGGAAAAGGAAGAUUAGAGGUAAUAGUUGUAAAGCAUUUGGCUCAUAGCUGUAAAUGGUAGCUAUAAUAAUCAAAGGGAUUUGACCUUGAUCGUAAGGAGACAUCUUAGCUUAAGUGUUUAGUAACACGAAGCGUAUUUGGUGAGGUCUGUUCUCUAAGGUUACUCAAGUGAUAGUGAGCAGGAAAUGAUGUUGAUGUUAAUAGGAAAGCUAAUUAAUGGAACAAAUAUGUUGAUAACCGACAAGAUGCCUCUACUGUGCUAAAUGAAGGGAGGAGGCAGAAAACCAGUUCUGCCCUUGAGUGAAUUAAAUGCUUGUGGUUAUAACAUACACUUUGAGUUAAGCAAUGCUUGCUCUCAUUUUAAACUCAAGAAGUGAAACUUGGAAUGGUUUGUCUGAAAUAGGCUUUGAAGUGUGGAUUGACUGGGGCUUGAAGUGUCUGGGAAUCGUGUAUGUCAUAACUGGUGAUGGUAGAAUAAGGAAGAAUUUUGAGAUAUAAUAAACAGUCUAGCUUGGAUUGAGUCUCAUGAAUGAUCUAGAAGUUUGACAACAUAAAUCAGAAACAACAACUGUAAGAUUUUACACUAAACAUUCAAAAUCAUGGAUAGGAGUUCAAAUGCUCUGGAGGGAAUAAUUGAGCAACCUGAGAAAUGGUGAUCUAAGAGGAAGGAUCGAUCGAUCCUUCCAGGACCCUAAAUAUGUGGGUCUCUUGGGGAACUAUUCAUUUUUACAGUUGUGCUGCUAAACCAUGAUAUGCAUGAAAUCUGUGAUUGAAAGUCAAGGGAAUGAAGAAUGGGAAGUCAUUUUAGGGAUUUGAAGGCAGGUGUGACAGUCACCAAACAGGUGCACCUCCUGGUAGCAUUCAGGAAUCAUUGCAGAGGAAAAUGACUUCUGAACAAAGGACCAAUGGUAUGUAGAUGUAUUUCAAGCAAUUGACUGGAUUAGAUGGCAGUAGCACAGAGGAGUUUGAAAGGAUGGCAUAAUGUAGCAACAUGUGUAAGCUUAUAGUCCUGGAAAUGUACAAAGGAUAGUAGAACCCCUUGAGAAGCCUUUUUAACAUAUCUGGAUUGUGAUUAUUAGUAACUAAAACUCAAAAGAUUUUGGAUGGUUAGGGCUUUGAAGAAUCGCUGAAGAGUUCAAAUUUGUAGAAGUGAGAUUUAUCAGUAGACAGUAGCUAUGUUAAGCUGAAAGGUUGUAGGUAGAGUUCUGAAUUAAUUAAGUAGGCAUAAAGCAGUGGUAUAAUAGAAAGUUGACCAAAUGAGGCAGCAGAUGAGCUCUCCAAAGCCCACGACAACAUAGGCCACUCCAGAUCCCCUCUGGUCUCCUCCAUUAGUAUGUGCCACACUAACGCCAGCAAGAGCCACGGUGGGCCAGGGGUCAAGGAAGCAACAAUAUUAGCAGCUGUUUAUAGCCUUCCAACUCUGUGGUAACUUUUGCUGUCUUUGAUUAUUUGUGAAUUCUGUGAGCUUUCUUUUUUAAUUAGUAAAUCACUUUUUUCAUGUAAAAUGUAGAUUUUUUUUUUUAAGUACAGUACUUUCUUUUGCCACAAAAUAUUGUGGUUUUGGUCUCAGAUCUUUAUAUUUUGAUUUUCCCAUAUUUUAGUUAAUGAAUGAAACAUAUCACAUCCUAAGAUUAUUUUUGCCUAGUAGCUGGACAGGUAAACCCCCAAACCAUUGAGGGUCUGGGGGGGUUUUGGUUUUGGUUUUUUGUUUUAGUUGGUUAAAUGUGUGAAUUAAAGCUCUCCAGGGAAACUUGGCUAUAAAUUCCAGAACCUUUGUUUCAUAUUACAAACAGUGAAAUUGUGAACAGCCAGAAUUUUCAGGGAUGUCCUGGUCUGUGUAGUUGGAUUUUCAUGAUAUCUAAGUAUUACCAAGAAGUUUUUUGUUUUCACCCUCUGUUUUAAAUUCCUUCAAGUAGAAGAUACCCCUUAGUUAAUUUUUUAAAUAUGUUACGGCUUUCAGCGAGUCAAGUCGUUGUUCUGUUUGUCCCUGAGCACCGUAGGGCACUGUUAGGCCCGAGAUGCUGGGAUGAAUCUCUGCCAACCCCAGAACCUACAAAAGGAUUUUCUCUUUUGACUGAAUCCUUGAUGAGAGCUUGUUUUUUUUCUUCUUCUCUUUUAAAGAGGUAAUAAGGAAAAUAUAAUUGAUGUUCCAGGUUAUUGGUUUCUGGUUAAUUGAACUGGUAGUUUAGUAUUAAAAGCCCAUUCUUGGGAAUUCCCUGGCAGUCCAGUGGUUAGGACUCUGUGCUUUCACUGCUGAGGACCUGGGUUCAAUCCCUGGUCAGAGAACUAAGAUCCUGCAAGCUGCAUGGUGUGGCCAAAAAAAAAAAGAAAAAAGCCCAUACUUAAUCUGUAUAAUAUUUCAAAAUAGUAUGUAUUUAUUUCUGAUUAUAAAAAUUUUACAUAUUUAUUGUACUCUUUUUAAAUAUAGAGGACAAAAAAUUAAAGAUGACAAUAUCUGCACUUUGAGACUUUUGUCUUUUUCCGCACACAGGUGCAUGCACUUCUUAAGCCUCCCCGCCUCCCUUGUUCACAUUGGAUUCGUACUGUACAUUCUGUUUUGUAACCAGCUUCUACCUAACAGCCUGAUCCUUUUGUCGUUAAGUGUUCUCCCACAACCUAAUUCUUAAGGGCUACAUAGUAUUCCCACGUAUAAAUACUAUUUAAUGUACAUAAGCAAAACCAUGUUGCAAGACAUUGCCGUUGUCUUUGGUUUUCCACUAUUUUACACGUAUAUAACGCUGUGGCAAAUAUCCUUUAUGUAAAUCUUAGGGCAGAUUCCUGAAAAUGGACUUUGGAGUCAGAGUGUAUAUAGUUGUCCCUCAGCAUAGUCACAGGAUUGGUUUCAGGACCAACUGCAGAUACCCAAGUCUAUGGAUGCCCAAGUUCCACAGUCGUCCCUCCACACCCACGGGUUCAACCAAGCCAGGAUAUGGAGAGCUGAGCGUACACAUUUUUAACUUUUGCUACCUUUUGGUUUCCAUGGUAUUUAUUUAUAUUUUCACCUGCCGUAUUUAAGAGUUCCUAUUUUUCUGAAUUCUCAACUACUCUUGAUCAUAAUUUUUUAAUAUUAUGACUUUAAUUAGAAUGUCUAAAAGUAUAUAUUAGGAAGUUAUCUUGCAGCCUUUAAGCCUUAUCUGUUUAGCCUACCAAGCAUAACAGGUUCAAGAACUUUUUUUUAGAAAAUAACUUUUUGACUGAUUAGAAAAUAAAUACAGGUGCAUUGUAGAUAAUUUAGACAAUACCAAAAGCAGAAAGUAGAAAAGAGGUAUCAUUAAGAAUCCUUUUAAACAUAGGCAGGGUCUUAUGUGCAAUUUUAUGUCCCACUUUUUCUGCUUAAUUUUUCUCAUAUAUUUUUUCUGUUACAUUAAAAUCUUUCUCAUAAACAUCAUUUAGGGCUGCAUAAAAUCCAUUGUAUGGCUAUAUCAUGAUUUACCCAACCAUUCCUCCUAGGCUGUCUCUCAAUUCUUGCUGUUCUGUAUAACCUUGUGAUGGAUAUCACGUGCAAAAAACUUUGUUUGCAUUUUAAUCAUUCCUUAGGACGGAUUCUAUGACGUAAAAUUCAUGUGUCACAGUAGGAGUGAACACUUUGAAAGCUCUUGAUGCGUAUAGCCAAAUAACUGUCCUGCAAAGCUGUGCCAGUUACACUUAUACCAGCAGUGCAUGAGCACGCCCAUCAUGACAGCCUCGUCAGCACUGAGCCCGCCGUACUGUUCAGAGUCUUUGCUAAUUUAACAGUCUGUUAUGUUCUGAACCCACACAUGUUUUCGGAAGGACCAGAUGGCUGACACUGGCUAAUGGGAACCAAAAGACGAGUGAAAGUAACCUGGUUGUCACAUACUCCAAGCUUAGGGGUGCUUCACCUGCCCCAAGAUCAAUUUCUUUUUUCCUCUGGAGAAUUGACCCAGCUGUAUCAAAAAACGUUAAUACAGCCUGGCUUAUCUAAGGUGGGGAAAGAUCAAGUGCAGACUGAGCUGUGGCCAACGUUUGCAGACCAGGAAUCCACACUAGCUCUAAGCAGAGAGCUCUUGGUGUGCGGGAACUGCCAGUUUGCCGACGUGAAAAGAGCCCCAGACUGGGUACUGGUGAGCCCUGAAGUCGCACCCCAGCUCUGCCACUCAGUGAGCACGGCAACAUCCCUAAUCCUGACCAGCCAUGGAGAGGUUCGGUUCUUGCAAGGAAAAUGAGUGAAUGUGGGAAUGGCUCACCACAUUGGGAAAACAAAACUCACAUCCUGCUGAUGGUUGGCUGAGGACUGUCAUGUCCACAUACAAAGAAAAGCAUGUGGCACAGUUUUAGGACAAAGAUAUGGGUUUGUGGAGUUUGAUGAUCUGCGAGAUGCAGAUGAUGCUGUUUAUGAACUGAAUGGCAAAGACCUUUGUGGUGAGCGAGUAAUUGUUGAGCAUGCCCGCGGCCCGCGACGAGAUGGCAGUUACGGUUCUGGACGCAAAUCCUUUGAGGCUAAGAUGACUGCCUGUUCCAUUUGCUGACCUUGGGUUACCUUUCCAUGCGUGGCUCUUUGAACCAUUGUGGCCCUUGGCUGACCAAAAACAGGAAGCCAUGUGACGACCGCAACCUUUCCCCAUUAGACCUGGGUGGUGGAUAUGGUUAUAGAAGAAGUGGCCGAGAUAAAUAUGGCCCUCCUACCCGCACAGAAUACAGACUUAUUGUGGAGAAUUUGUCAAGUCGGUGCAGCUGGCAAGACCUAAAGGAUUAUAUGCGUCAGGCGGGAGAAGUGACCUAUGCAGAUGCUCACAAGGGACGCAAAAAUGAAGGGGUGAUUGAAUUUGUGUCUUACUCUGAUAUGAAAAGAGCUUUGGAAAAGUUAGAUGGAACUGAAGUCAAUGGCAGAAAAAUCAGAUUAGUUGAAGACAAGCCCGGUUCUAGGCGACGCCGGUCCUACUCCAGGAGCCGGAGUCACUCAAGAUCUCGCUCUCGAAGCAGACAUUCUCGUAAGAGCAGAAGCCGAAGCGGCAGCAGCAAAAGCAGUCGUUCUAAGAGUAGAUCCCGGUCCAGGUCAGGCUCCCGUUCCCGGAGCAAGAGCCGCAGCCGCAGCCAGAGCCGCAGCCGCAGCAAGAAGGACAAGAGCCGGAGCCCCAGCAAGGACCAGAGCCGGAGCCGCAGCCGCAGCGCCGACAAGCGCCGCAGCAAGAGCAAGGACCAGGCCGAGGAGAAGGUCCAGAACAGCGACAGCACCGGCAAGUCCAAGAGCCGCAGCCCCAGCAGGCAGAAAAGCAAGAGCAAGAGUAGGAGCCGCAGCCAGGAGGGGGGCGCGCAGGAGAAGCGGGGCAGCGUGAGCAGAAGCCGCAGCCAGGAGAAGAGCCUGCGCAAGAGCCGCAGCCGCAGCCGCAGCCAGGGAGGCAGCCGCAGCCGCAGCCGCAGCCAAAGCAAGGACAAGAGGAAGGGGAGGAAGAGAAGCAGGGAGGAGAGCCGCAGCCGCAGCCGCAGCCGCAGCAAGAGCGAGAGGAGCAGAAAACGAGGCGGCAAGCGAGACAGCAAGUCGGGCAGCAGCAGCAAGAAGAAGAAGAAGGAAGACGCCGACCGCUCCCAGUCCAGAUCGCGAUCCCGCUCAGGCUCGAAGGAGCGGGAACACGCCAAGUCCGAGUCGGGCCAGAGGGAAGGCCGAGGGGAGAGUGAGGAUGCUGGAGCCAAUCAGGAGACCCGGUCCAGGUCGAGGUCCAAUUCCAAAUCAAAACCAAACCUCCCGUCAGAGUCACGCUCCAGAUCAAAGUCCGCGUCAAAAACCCGAUCCCGGUCCAAGUCUAGAUCCAGGUCUGCAUCCAGAUCGCGCUCCCGGUCUAGAUCUAGGUCCCACUCAAGGUCCUAACUGGCUACGACCACAGCUGGAACUACCCGAGAAGUCUUUUGUACAUGUUUGGUAGCCGUAGCACAAGUGAUUGAAGUAGAACAUAUGUCACUGCUGUACAUUUUUAACUCUCCUAAUGGUGUGUCUACAAUUGUUAAGUCUAAGCGCUUCCUCUCCGUAAAGCCUCCUGGUGUCAGGCCUUCCUGCGUGACUGAAAGCAGUCUUCUCUUUGAAAACCCCCUUUACUCGUGGCCCACAGUAGAAUAUCCAAAAUGCCUUGCCUUUGAGGCCUGGCCUUUCCUACAGGGAGCUCAGUACCUGGAUGGCUUUAAGGCUGGAAUGAUGACAUAGGUAGGUAUGGUGAGUUCAACCAUUUUGCCCUUGAAUUGAUGCCCUUUGAUGUAUGCCAUUUAGUGAAAGUGCUAAGUCUUAAGUUUCCUACCACUUUGGUUUCAUAUUUUUGGACUUAACAAAGUUGUGAAUAGCACAGUCAAGGAAAAUUGAUACCUGCAGUAACCCAUAGGAAAUAAACUGUAGAGUUCCAUAUUCUGGUAUUGUGAUUAUAUUGUUUUAUAUUAAAAAAGAAAAGAAAAGAAUUUUUUUUAAUUUUAUUUUUCCCCGUCUUGCAAAGUAUAGUGACCCCUGUUUCCAUUAAAUUUGAAUAAAGACUAUUUUUGCUUGACAAAA